UAGGUUAGGUUGUUAGGUUAGUUUGAGCUUGUAAUAUAAUCUUUUGUAUAUAGACUGUAUAUAGACUGUAUAUAGACUGGUUUAUGUGUGUGUGUGUGUGUUUGUGUGUGUUUAGUAAGGGUUACCAAAAGAGCGAAGAGGUGUGAAGUAACAAGCAAUUCUGAAUGUUUAUUUAUGAACUUAUGGGUGAUGUGUUUAUAUGAGUGUUAAGUAAAUGUUGCCAAAACAAAUGAGAGAUGAUAAUGCAGUAGACAAAGACUGAAGUGGGCAUGGAAUAGGCAUACUUAACAAAAUUAAAACAAUAAGAAAGUAGGCAUGAGAUAGCAGUGAAAUAGAGAUGGAAUGAAUGAGACAAACACUGAAGGAGGCAUAAAAUAGACACGCAUAGCAAUGAAAACAACAGGCAUGAAAUGGGGAUGAAAUGAAGCAAUGAAUAAAGCAAAUUAAGCAUACAUAACUUAAUUAGAGAGGCAGCAGUCAUGGAAUAUUGAAAUAGGAGUGAGUGAGGCAUGAACCAGGAACCAGUGGGUGCAAAAGAUGAGGCAGUGAUGACUAGUGAUUUUUCAAGAGGAGAGAGUUGAGAUAUAAGUGGAGUGAUAAGUAAAGAUAAGCAGCAUCACUUCACUUCACACACAGCAUCUCUCGGACUUACAUUGGUUGUUACAGAGUAAGUGAGGAUGGCCGAGUCAGGAACCAAGGCCUUUGCAAACACCCACAUAGCGGACAUAUAUGCUAAAUUCCGGCCAGCUCCCCCUGCGUCCCUCAUCAGGGCAGUGGUGCAGCGCGUCACUCAGGGGCAGCACAAGGCUGGGGCAAGUGGAGGGGAUGCGGCACAGGUGUGUGUGGACAUGGGGUGUGGCUCGGGGCAGAACACGGCCCUUCUGGCACCACACUUCGCCACAGUGGUCGGAGUGGAUGUGAGUCAACCGCAGCUGGACAUGGCAAACCGAAUGCAGCGCGAUGUGGGAAAUGUGUCUUUUAGAGUCGGGUCAGCAGAGGCCAUGCCCUUUGAUGCUGAAUCGGUGAACCUUGUGACCUGCUCUGCCUCGGUCCACUGGUUCAACUUGGACUCCUUCUAUCAAGAGGUGGACCGAGUGCUGUGCCCAGGUGGCGUGCUGGCGUGUUACAGUUAUCUGGGCUGUACCCCUAUCUGUCAUGGCCGCAGCCUGAGAGACACAUUUCUGCAGAUAUGGCAUGAUUUGGGUGCCUAUUGGACGCAGAAACACAACCUUCUGCUUGAGGAGUACGCCACCCUGCCACAGCUGUACCCCAACGACACACACAUAGGGAGCAGUGAGGGAGGGUUCAUUGUGUCAUCUGAGGACAGCAUGGAGGGGCUGGUGGGGUACAUGGCCUCCUGGUCUGGCCUGGAUAAGCUGCGGCGCAAGGAAGGGGAGGAGGCAGCAAUGACCUUCCUGACCAAGGCAAAGAAGAGGCUCUUGGCAGCGGCCGGCACCGAGGAUGAGCAAGUACCAAUCACUCGACAACACAAAUAUUUUCUGAGGAUGUGGCAGAAACCUUCCCCUUGACCACCUCCCCACACCACCAUACAGCCACAGGGGAGCAGCGGGUGAGAGGGGAAUGAGAGUAGUGUAUAGAGACAGUAUUGAGUAGAUGAAGAGGGCAUUAGUCCAGUCCUAUGUAGUUUAAAGGGCGCAACUUCAGUUUGGUGUGGUUCUGAGAGAUCUUUUGCCAGCCUUAAGUGAAAGAAUAUUAUUGACUUCUGUUUGUUUAAGUUUGGUUCUGGAGUCAUUGAUAGAGAAGUAGUAGUAGUAGUAGUUAUAGUAGUUCUCUCUUGUUAACUUAGAUCAAUUAAAUUACCAACAAUAAUAGUAA